AUGAAUGUUACAGGCCAAGUGAUCACUAUCCACAGCCUGUCUAAGUAUCGUUUCAAUAUCGCCUGCUUAUCGGAAGUCCGUCUUCCUCACUUUGGGUCUCGAGCAAUUAUUAAUCCAGGCUCGGAUCAGAGGUACUGGCUAUAUCAGUGUGAUGCUUCGGAUAACGCGGGGCAAAAUGGUGUAGCGAUUGUCAUAUCUGACAAGGCCCAUUCAGCUUUUAUUGAGUGGAAACCAGUAAACGACCGUAUGGCCUAUGCCCUUUUAAAGGGUAAUUUAUGCAAUAUCUCGGUUAUCAAUGUCUAUGCUCCAACUCUGUCGGCAGAUGACCGUGAUAAAAAUAAAUUCUGCGGAACUAUUAACAUCUCUACUAAUAACUAUUAA